AUGAAUAUGAACGUGGGCACCAAUUCUGGGAUUGGGUUCGGUAACCUUAUGGUUAAGCAUGAGCAAGAAUUGUUACAGAAGCAGCAAUUGUAUCAGUCGAACCAAUAUAAUACGCUCAAUCAACCGCUACUUCCACAACAAUCACAACAAUCUCAACCACUACAGUCAUACUCUGGCAGAUAUCAGCAACAAUUAAACCAAGGAUCGAAUUCGACACCCUUGGUCAUACACCCUGUUUACUACUCGAAUUUGGGUCAGCAAAGUCAAACAAACUUGCAAUCUCAACAACAACAACAACAACAACAGCCACAGGCACAAACACAGCAACGAUCUCAGCAUCCAUUUGCUAGUAAUAAUUCAGGAUACUUCAGCUCUAAUUAUUCAACAACCUCGGCUAAUCCCAACGUCAGGGAUGCUUCUAAUGUUAGACUCAGCCAGAGCUUUGCCAAAUCGGAACACGGCAACGUUCACCAAAACGGGCUAUCCAGAACCUUGGAAUCCAUUCCUGCUUCGAACAACGAUGUGCUAAACCAAUCAUCAAUCUUUGGGUCAACCCCAUCGUCGACCAACCUCAGCUCCAGUCAACAAAACUCUUAUGCUUUGCCCCAAAUAAACCCAUCAAGCGGUGUAUUUCCAUCCUUCAACAACCCAACAGGUGCGUCAAUGUAUCAGUACAAUAACAGUAGCUUGCCACCUUCAUAUCAAAACUCGUCCUCUGUGAGCAGUACUGAGAGUAAUAGGGCAACACAUGCAAACGUGAAUGGAAAUAGUAAUUCUGAUGCUCAACAAUACCAGCAGUUGCAGAAUUUCCAGCAAUUGCAACAAACAAAGUUGCAACGGCAAUCUAUAGCAGUGCCUCCAACUCAUGGCCAGCAAAGUGGCCACAACAACUUCCAGAAAAACGUUGCUGCUCCAUUGCAACCAUUGAACAUACAACCCACUUCCAAGUCGGAUAUUGAUAACAAACAUUUCCGUCAGAAUUCAACCCAAGACACACAUCAUGUUUACCAAUGUCACCUGUGUGAGAAACAAUUCAGGAGGAAAUCAUGGCUCAAGAGACAUCUGUUGUCGCACUCCAACGUCAAGAAAUUCCACUGCCCAUGGUGCUCGUCCACUCAUAAGCGUAAGGACAACUUAUUGCAACAUUUAAAGCUAAAACACACACAAUAUCUUUUGCAUGAGUUUACACUUUACGGCAUUCUGAUGAACGUCAACAACGGAUCCGGCAAUACUGCCAAUUUAGUAACAACCAACACUGGGGAUAAAGUGUGGUUAAUCAAUAACGAACCUUCAAUAACGAUACGUGACAUGCUGGAAUCCAAUAUCCUACCCAAAGAUCAGGCUAAAAGAUGUUUGAAUUACAUAGUGGAUCACAAGUGUAAGUGA